ACUGACGUCACGUCGAGAAGCACUCGGCUGUGCGAAGACGAACGCCGUACAGAAAGUCGAGGUGAGCAGUCUAUAGUUAUCUUUAAGGAUGGCUGAGGCUCACUCUGCUGUAGCCUUCUCCUUCUCCGUAACUCAAGAAGGAAUUGAUGUGAAUCUCAACCAUGAGGCUCUCAAGGCAGUGUGGAAGAGUGGUGUCCGGUCCUGGAAAAAGCGUAUAGGAAGAGCCAAGAACCAGUUUAAGAAUGGUGUGUACCCUGCAACCCCCAUGAGUUGGCUUUUCAUUGCUACAAUAGUACUGGGAACACAACUAGCUGGAUACGAUAUAUCAUUUGGACUUAUAGGAUGGAUGCAGACUCAUAUACCUUGGGUACGGGAUGGGUCGGCUGUCAUGAGCCUGUACUGCAGCUGUAUCCUGUUCUCAACACUGUUAUGGGUGGCCAAGGCCAAUGUGAUGAAAUACACACUAAAGAUGCUGCUUCACUACCACGGCUGGAUGUACGAGCCCCGUGGACCAUUGUCCCUCCGUACCAAGCUAUGGAUGGGAAUGGUUAUGUUGUUUGGUGGGAAGAAACCACUGUUGAUGAGUUAUCAAAGUGCUCUGCCCAAAAUCAGUGUUCCCCGAGUCAGUGACACUAUCGAUAGGUAUUUGAAGUCAGUCCGUCCCUUGAUGGAUGACGAAAAAUACAGUCGAAUGGAAGGACUAGCCAAGGAUUUCCUCAAAGGACUAGGUCCUAAACUCAACCGCUAUUUGCAUCUGAAGUCUUGGUGGUCAACCAACUAUAUCUCUGAUUGGUGGGAGGAAUAUGUCUACUUGAGUGGACGAUCACCUAUCAUGGUCAACAGUAACUUCUAUGGAAUUGAUGCAGUACUUGUCCACCCUACUAAGAUCCAGGCAGCCAGAGCAGCUAAUGUUAUCCAUGCCAUGCUGUUGUACAGACGAGAAGUGGACACUGAACAACUCAAUCCGAUCCUACUAAACAGAACGAUUCCCCUAUGUUCAAAUCAGUAUGAGCGACAGUUUCAGACAACAAGGAUACCAGGCAUUGAAAAAGACAAGCUUGUGUACAUGAAGGACAGUCAACACAUAGCUGUAUACUGUAGAGGGCGGUACUUUAAGAUGUAUAUCUACCAGCGAGGCAGGCUGCUCAAACCAUGUGAACUAGAGGUUUCCAUCCAAAAUAUCAUAGAUGACCAGUCAGAGCCAGCGCCAGGGGAGGAACAUCUUGCUGCCCUGACUGCAGGAGACCGUGUGCCAUGGGCUAAAGCUCGCACAGAAUACUUCUCCAAAGGCAAAAACAAGGCCUCUCUUGAUGCUAUAGAAAAGGCUGCAUUCUUCUUGUCCCUGGAUGAUGAGCCACAGGAUUUUGAUGCUGUGGGAUUACUAGAUACACAGAAUGACUCUACUAAGAUGGACCGAUUUGGACGCUCCAUGCUGCAUGGGAAGGGCUAUGACAGAUGGUUUGACAAAUCAUUCACUCUGGUUGUACUGUCCAAUGGAAGGAUUGGUUUCAAUGCAGAACAUUCCUGGGCUGAUGCACCCAUCAUGGCCCAUCUGUGGGAGUAUGCCACUAUUGAGGACAAGUUCAAGUUUGGAUACACAGAAGAUGGUCACACAAAGGGAGAGCCUGAAGUGCCACCACCCAACCCUAUUCGCCUAGAGUGGGAGCUCCCCAAACCUUGUAUUGCUGUGAUAGAGAACAGCCUAGAAGUGGCCAAACAGCUUCUUAAUGACGUAGACCUCCAUAUCAUCAUGCAUAAUUCAUAUGGCAAGGGAUUUAUGAAGACUUGUAAAGUCAGCCCUGAUGCCUACCUUCAGAUGGCUCUCCAACUGGCCUACUACAGGACUGCCCAGAAAUUCUGCCUGACAUAUGAAUCAAGCAUGACCAGACUGUACAAGGAGGGGCGUACAGAGACUGUCCGAUCGUGUACCAAUGAGUCUUGUGAGUUUGUCCGAUCUAUGGAUGACCCAAGCAAAACUGAUGCUGAGAGAAUAAAGCUGAUGAAGGCAGCAGCAGAAAUGCACCAGAAGGGCUACAGAGAUGCCAUGACAGGCAAAGGCAUCGAUCGGCACCUCUUCUGCAUGUAUGUGGUAUCCAAGUACCUGGGUACAGACUCUCCCUUCCUGUCAGAGGUGCUCAGUGAACCGUGGAGACUUUCAACCAGUCAGACUCCCCACCAGCAGACCAACAAGUUAGAUUUGGUGAAACAUCCAGAACACAUAUCAGCAGGAGGUGGUUUUGGUCCAGUUGCUGAUGAUGGAUACGGUGUGUCCUAUAUUGUAGCAGGAGAGGACGUCAUCUUCUUCCAUGUAUCAUGUAAAGUGUCCUGCCCCACCACGGACUCCAAAAAGUUUGGAAACAGCAUCAAUCAGGCUAUGCAAGAUAUCAAGAGCAUGUUCUGUAACACUCGGUGAUGUUAGUUUAUAUUUAGUUAGAUUCAAUGUUCUGUGUGGUCAGGUCCAACAACAUAUCCAUCAAACCCACCAACGACUGUGUGAAAUCUACCAGUGAGAAAGAGAAGUCUAUGAACAGUUGAUCUGUGGUAUUCCAUUCUCCACUGAUCUGGUUCUCCUGUCAAUAUCAGGCUCAUUUCUUUUAGGGUUUUUUGAUUUCAGGACCAGUCUGUUGUUUUUGCAAUUGAAGGAUUGUUUAACCAAAUUUUAGAUACCAGAAUACUAUAAUAAGAAAGAACUUUUAUAAAGUAUUCCAUCAAUGACAUCUUGUGUUGGCAGAAAUGUGUACAAGGCUGUAUCUGAUGAUAUCUGUAACUAUAAAGGCUGCAUUUGUAGAGUUGGUUGUUUUACACAUGAUCUGGUAUUAGAACUGGAAUUGGUUAAACAUCUGCAGACUGUGGUAAUGUUAUUCCACUUGAUGAUUUGACUUAUAUAUGUACGUUGAUUUGAAUAACGAGUGCAUUUUAUGUAAAUAUGUUUUUAGAAAUUAUUUAUGUUUUUGUUUGGUUUAUAUAAAGACCAAUUAGUGUGGGUUUAACUAAUUAUAUAGACCAAUUCACCAAAACAUCUUUACAUUUUUUUCACAUAAUAAAGAUUGAAUAUAGGACCAAAGCAAAAACGCUUUUCUUUAAGAAUCAGUUGUUUUUUUAAAAAAUGCUUUAGUCUAACUUCCCCCUUUUUGAUUCCAUUCCUUUAAUCUUCCUACUGCUUUAAAAAAAUAUUUAUUUUUUGAUAUUUAAGUUGUAAAUCCCAGUAUCCCUGACAAGUUCAGAGAUAUUUUAGGAAAAGCUACAGGUGAUGAACGUUGUGUAUGUAUAAUGCAAACAAAAACAGCUUUGUUGUUAUUUAUUCACUGUAAUCUGUGUUCCUUUCUUUCACUGUUGACUGGUUUGGUUUGAUUAUCUCAUCGAACAUGACAAUACAACAAAUGUUAGUUUAAUAACAAAAGUACUUUAUCACUGUUUGUGUGUUUGUGAAUACUCGUUUUUAAACUGGCACAUGGGAGGAGUUAAAUACCAUACAACCCUUAUAUAUCUAUUGUAUGUACAGGUGCCAUACACAUUUGUGAGUAUAUUACACUUCGAUAAUGUUUUCUUUUUCCUCAGUCUAUUAAAAUACAUUUUCCUGAGCUCAAUAUGUUAAUAUUAAACAAUGAGUUUAAUGAGUGUGUUGUAACUUUCAAAGACUAAAGAAUGAAAACGAAAGAUUUGCAUUUAUAUUUUUUUUUGUCUUUUUUUUUUGUCUUUGUGUGAAAAUGUUCAAAUAAGUUAAGUUUUCAUUGUCUUUAUGAAAUUUUACACAACUGCUUUCUAAGUGAUACAUCUGUUCAGACAUGUGAUAUUUUGUUGUACAUACGCUUUUACACUUUUAGGCCUCUGAGCAUUUCUAUAAAGUUAUGUUUGAAUUUUUGAUAAUCUGUCUACUAGUUUUAAUGUUUUAAUGUUGGUUAAUGCAGUAGAUUUAAUAAGUAUUGUAAAAGGCAGAUUUCAGGUAAAUUACAAUAAUACUGAUAAUUAUACCACCAAUCAACACCGUUUUGAACUUAUGGCAAUUAUACCACUGCACCAUAUGUGUACCUGGGUACAUUUCUGGUCUUUUUGUCAAGUAUAGAGGAACCAUUUGUUAUUUUUCGAAGCAUAAUCAAUGCAAAUUGUAUUUAAGUUUAGAAUUUAGUAUAAAUCUCCUGUCCAUUCUCCACUUCAUGUUUGUUAUAUGUUAAUUGAUGAGCUGAAAAGCUUAAGAGUAAAGAAACAGUAAGAGAAUUUGACAAAUAUUUAACAUGUGUGCAGUGUCGUGUGUGGUGUUAGAAGAAUAACAGUUAAUGUUUAUUAGUAUUUUAUGAAGUGUUAAGCACAGUUAUACUGUACACUAUAUCGUACAUGUAUACAUGUUUUGUCACGGUUUUGUCUUUUUCAAAUAAGAAAGCAAUAAAAUAACGGAAAAAAAUCUUGACAGCAAGGUAUUACUGUCUUGUGGGUAACUAGGUUUAGUUGUAGUUGGGGUUAGGUAAGGUAAACUGCAUUUUUUUUGCUUAAUAUGUUCAUUGCAACUUUAAACAAACUUGAAAAAAAAUAUGCAAUAAAAAAGAUGAGUUUUCUGUUCAUGUAUUAAAUGUUGGGUCUUAGUGAGAAAUGUUGAUAAAUUGUACAGAGAUUGAUAGAACAAUGCCACAUGUAUGGAUCACAAGUUAUUUUCCUAAAGGUCGGCUGCUGUAUACAAAAAUUACUAUUUACUAUUAAUGUGUCUGUACAGUAGCUGACUCAUGAAAGUAAGUUGUGACAAGUAUCUGUGAAAAAUGCUAGUUAGCUUUUAUUGUUACAUAUCUUGUUUUCAUAUCGAUGGUUAUUAUUUAUUGACAAUCUAUCUGAAAAAAUCUUAAUUUUACAACCAAGAUCAGAGAGAAAUUGUUCACCAACCAUUUUACUCCUAGUAGACAAAAUAAGUUUUGAUAGAAUAAACAAAAGUAAAGCAGAUUUUUGGGGAGUUCCAUGAAAACCAAAAAUGAAUGAUUUAAGUUUAUGUUUGAUUAUUAACUUUCUGCUGUUAUGUGUGUAUUUUUACUUUGUUUCUAUUAUAUACAGAAUAUACUGCUAGAAAUUUAAUGCUGCGGAUAUUUAUGACAAAGAGAAAAGUGGAAUCAUUUGUUUUGGAAGUUUCAGAUAUAAGGUGAUGGACAAAUACAGUGUGGAUAUGUGUAGAAAUUUGCUAGUAUAUUUACAAAAAGAAAACAGUUUCAAGGGGAGAUAACCCAUGUGUACAUAAUCUGGAUGCGAGAUGAAAAUUUCUAAAACACUAAUAGUUACAAAAGCAUAUUAAUAUUUGCAGUCCUGCUGGUAACUCCCCAGAUAUUCAGGCUGUAUACUGAUGGUCUGUACUCAGGUUUUUUUAUUUUCCCUCUUGCACAUUCUGUUAUUGCUUUAAGAGAUUUUAGUUGUUGCAUAUAUAUAGACAUUCAGGGAAUUUUCAUUGAACAUUUCUGAUGUCAAAGACCAUUUUAAAUAAGAAAUAAAUAUCCAUUGUUUAUGAU